AUGAAUAUUAAUCAUACUGAUAUUCUAUCAACAAAAGAAGAAAUUGGAUCUUAUACCGACCAACAUAGAUUUAGUAAUGAUUGUCUAAGAAAUGCAAGUGAUACUUCUUUGGAAGAUACUCAAGCAUCCUAUACUGAACGUUUACGUGAAAAAUCUCGUUCAAUACCAAUGAAUGGAAAUAAUGAUUUCAAUCCUUAUCUAAAACGAUCAGUAUCAAAAGAUACAUUAAAUGAUUGUCAAAUACGUUCAAAUACACAUAUAAAUAUACCAGAAAUUUCAUUAACAAAUGGUCAACAAACAAGAACUACUGCAACACAUAUUGUAUCAAGAACACAAGCAGUACCACCUUUAGAAAAUGAUUUUCAAUCAAAACGUGAAUUUUUUGAAAAUCGUAUCUAUACAGAUAAUUCAUCAUUAUCAAAUAUAUCUUUAUCAUCUAUUCAAACAAAUAUAUUACCAAAAAAACCUAAAUUAUAUACUUUAUCACUUUCAAAUCAUUCACAACUUAAUAAUAAUCUUUCACAACAGACAAUAAUAAAUAAUAAUCCUCAACGUAAUGUAACAAGACGCUCGUGGAAUGAUUUAUCAUCCAGACAACUACCACCUCCACCAACACCGCCGCCGCCGCCGCCGCCGCCGCCACCUCCUCCUCCUCCUUCUUCUGAACCAUAUUUUGAAUCUUCAUUCAAUCAACCAUCGUUUCCUCCGCCGCCAACGAUUCGAAAACCAGUACGAAUUGUUAAGGCAAUUCAACGAUCUCCACCUCCAGCAAAUGAACCGGUUUUAACAAAUCGUCCAUUAUCAACAUCAAAAACAUAUUCACUUGCUAAACCCGGUCUGUUUUCUGCUUCACCAAUAACUUCUUCUCAAAAACUUCCGAAUAAAUCUUUCAAUACAAUUCGACGUUUUCAAUCACGCGAUGAAAAUGAUUUACAAUUGAAUAUAAAAGAAUUCCUUUCACGUUAUUCUAAUAAUCAUUCAUUGAAUGAUUUAGCACGUUUAACAAUUUCCAAUGAUUAUCAUCUUAGUACUGAUUAUACUCGCGCUUUAUUUCCAAUACCUGAUCGUCUAAGACGUAUACGUUCACGACAAAGUUCAGGUGGUGAUACAAGUUCAGUCACAACUUCAAGCAAUUCAUCAUCAGAUUAUAUUCAUCGAACAGUAUCGAAUGAUAGUUGUAUAUGUGAUAAUGAUGAUACUCUUCGUCAAGCGGAAGAUUUAUUGAUAAACUUAAAUAAACGUUUAGAAAAUUUAAAAGAUAAUCAACGAAUAAUUCAUGAAGAAAUGGAAGAUAAUAAAAUUCUUGGUGCUAAGUUAAUAAACAUAAUUGAAACUAAUGCUGAAUCGAACGAAAUUGAAAAAUUUAAAUUACAUAUUAAUGAGAUUGAUACAAUAACAUCAAUACUUCUUAAACUUAGUAGUCGAUUAGCUAAAGUUGAAAAUGAUUUAUUAAUGAUUUCUGAUCACAAUGAUCACACAAAGGCAAGUUUAAUUGACCGACGUGAAAAAGCUCAACAAAAACAUGAUGAAGCUAAAGCAUUGAAAGAUGGUAUUGAUCGUCGUAGUCGUUUAGUAACGAAUAUUCUUCGAAAAUAUUUUUCCAAUGAACAAUAUGAUGAUUAUGAACAUUUCGUUCGAAUGAAAUCAACAUUACUAAUGGAUGAAAAGGAUAUUGAAGAAAAUCUCUUAACUAUUGAAAAACAAAUUGAAAUAUUAAAUCAUAUAUUAACAAGAGAUUAUCAAACUUUAUCAAAUCCUGCUGAAAAUUUACAAACAAAUUCUUUGAAAUUUAUAACGAGCACGGCCUAG